AUGCGACGAUCAAGUCGAGCAGCACCUAAUGAUCAUGAGGAAGAGGAAUGCAAAAAUGUGCCAAGUUCCAGUGGUUUCGUGUUUGGAAGGCCUCAGAACCACUACUCCAGCACGCCGCAACGACCAGACAAACUUCAAAUUGCACCUCCCACUACACUGAAAACGACGAUUCGUCAGCCGCUGAUGUCGUCCACGCCAUUCUCAUCAAGCAGACCAUCUAGUGGGAUUUUUCAGACGCCAUCCAUGGCAUCCUCCAGGGUAAGGAGCUAUCCAUCAUCCUCGACAAGCAUUUCGGCUCGCGACUCUUCGCAUCGGGACCGUCUCAUUUCUCUCCGACACCGGAUGAACAAGGAGUUUGGAAACCGACAACUAGUCGGACCUCCAUCUCAAGAUUAUGAGCACGACGAAACGAUGAGUACAGUGUCCGAUGCGCCAAGUCUGCACUCUUGGCAUCACAAGAUGAUCGUGAAAAAUGAGACCACGGUUGUCAAAGCAUCGGACACACUCAGCUCUUGUGCGGCUCCUCGGUCUGAAAUAAGUUUCGAAAACUCUCCAAUAAGUCCCAACAGCUCCGGCGUGAACAACACCAUCGUUCCAAUGAGAGUCAAUAUUCCUUACUACGAUGCUCGAAACCGUUCCUCAACUUGGACCCCAACAGAUAGCACGUGCUCAGGAGUCUCACCUAGUGCCAGAAUACCACCACCGAUUCCAGCGCGAGCACCAGUGUCUUCUCCUGUCCUCAACUCUCCAAUCGCUGGCCCAUCUACAUCCACUGUGGCUCCAAUGCCACGAUGUCCACCUCCACUUCCACCGAGAACUCCGUCUAUGAAGCUUCCCGAUCCUAUAGCAUUCGUGGUGGAGAAUCGGAUUGAAGAAGAGAAAAAGAAGAAUGGUGUAACUCGGGAGGUGUCUGUUGGAUCGUCUAAGAGCAGUGAUCAAAUUGUUUUCUCCACUCCAGAAGGAAAAAUUUCGACGCCAGAAGGAAACUACUCAACGCCAGACGAUAAAGAGGUUUGCAAAGGACAUAGGAAGUCAAAUUCGUUUGAGCGGGCAUUUACGUCCGCGAAAGUCAUGAAGACGAGCCCUCUCCCAUCCAACGACGCUUUACUUGACGAGAAUGAGGAAGUUGCUGAAGAUGAAAAAAAGACAAACGUGGAAGCUGAAGAUGUCAUUCGACAACUUACUAACGACGUAGAGUCGUCCCAGAAUUUUUCAUCCUACCAGGAUGUCGAGUCAACUGCUCUGGAGACAAUUCCUUCCGCGUCCAACUCCACUGCUUCAUCUCCAUCGUCAGCAUCGGAAGUUGGCUCGAAACUAGGAGUUCACAUUCCAGAAGCAAUCUCAGAAAAGCCACCAUGCACGUCUAAGUCAUUUGCGGCACUUGAGUCUACCAACAGUUUGAGUCCAGCCAAAACAGUGACCAACAGGAACUCGAGAAGCAUGUCGAAUGAUGAAUUGAGAACUAUGAAGUCGGAUAAGCUUUCUUCUUCUGUCGAUCCCAUAACGUUGGAUGUGGAGAGAAGACUGAGCAUGAAAAGGAGUGGACAACAUGAAGUGGAUCAGCACAGUUUGGGAUCCCUCGAUGAAACAACCUCAAAUCGAACCAUGUCUCGCACUGGAAUCGGAUCAGCUGCGUCAUUUGCGAGAAAUUCGGUGCGAUAUGCCAGUGGAAUGCUUCGAGGAGCUUUCAAUCGCGUCCGAACUGCUGCUCAUCCAGGAUCUAGCACCAUCAGUCGGCACGGAAUUGGUGAAGAAACAAGCGAGGGAGAAGAAAGUGACGAACCACACCAUCCAUCAGUUGUUCCAAGCAACAUAGUCCGCCCCAGAAAGAGCAAGAAAGGUCCGUACGACUUCGAGCAUUUAACAGUUGAGCAGGAGCUGAACAAUGAGCACACCGGAGCUAUCUGGUGCAUCAAAUUUAGCAUUUGUGGAAAGCUCAUGGCUACUGCUGGACAGGACUCGAUUCUACGUGUCUGGGUGGUUCGAUCACAUCUACAGUACUUCUCGGAGAUGAGGGAGAAGUAUGCGGCUAACACGAGCACUGACACGGAUCCGAUGAAUCCAGUGGACAAUAUGGAGCAGUUCCGACCGCCGAGCUCAAUGGAUAGUGUUGUGAAUAGUGAAGCAACGACUGCUUCUUCAUCGGAUGAGAAUAAUGGAUUGUUCUGUGGAAAACCAUUCGCCAUACUCAAAGGACACACUGCCGACAUUCUCGAUGUUUCGUGGUCAAAGAAUUAUUUCAUUUUGUCAUCUGGAAUGGAUCGAACCGUCAAGCUGUGGCACCUAUCCAGAAAUGAGUGUCUUUGCUGCUUCCAACACAUUGAUUUUGUGACCUGUGUUGCUUUUCUGCCCAAAGAUGAUAGAUAUUUCUUGUCAGGAUCUCUGGAUGGUAAACUUCGCAUGUGGCAUAUUCCGGAUAAGAAGGUUGCUGUAUGGAACGACACUGAAAAGAAAUAUAUCACUGCCAUGACGUUCGUGAAGAGCGGAAAAUUCGCGGUAGUCGGCACCUAUGAUGGAAAGUGCAUUUUCUAUACAGCAGAUCAACUCAAAUACCAUACCGCAGUCGAUGUCCGUUCCACCCGAGGAAAAAAUGCGCGAGGACACAAGGUCACCGGAUUGACGUCGCAUGGAGAUAAACUAUUAGUCACCUCCAACGACUCUCGAAUCCGCAUGUACGACAUUCGUGAUAAAGCCCUCACAUGCAAAUUCAAAGGAGUACAAAACGACCACUCUCAAAUCAGAGCUGCCUUCUCUCCAGACGGUCGUCAUAUCAUCUGUGGAUCCGAAGACAAAUUUGUCUAUAUUUGGAGAGCCAGCGACACAACAGUAGCCUUAUCGGUCAGGAAGGACCGAAACUCAUGGUGGGAGAGGGUCCGAACGCACAAUGCGCCUGUUCCAGUCGCCGUUUUCGCACCCAGACCUCAGGUCUUUUUCAACAUGCUUAAUAAGAGAGAUAAGCAUUCCAAAUCGGAUUCAAUUGACUUCAAUAUGGCACAAGGCCAAUCGGAUUCGUUGACUUCGAAUGGAAACAUGACUAUUCCAGGACAUGUCAUCGUAAGUGCCGAUCUAACCGGAGUGGUCAAAGUGAUGGUCAAUCGCCCACGUCUUGUCAAGGCAAACCCACUGGACAACAAAAGCACACGCUCCAGAUCCUCAACUCUGAUGAAUUGA